GACAACAUUCGCUCUGUGCCGUGCUGGAAGACUCACGUUUCUUGUUUGUUUUUACUGAUUUUGUAAACGUAGUGUCUUUUUCAAGUCGAUAAUUGAAUAGUUUCGGUUUUUUGGAAUACCUGUUGCGCGCGCAUAUUUCGACGACUUUGUACGUUUCUUUGUUCUGUUGAAAACAUUUAAAAGUCGGUAAAUCUCAUGACAAUGGAAGACCUAGUGCAGUUUAAGGUGUUCACCUACUGGUCCCAAGACAGCCCCCCAGAGGUGCGCCGUUUCGGGAUCGAGAAGAGUGUGGUCACCAGUUUCCACUACUUGAAUGCCAAGCUGCAAGAUGUCUUCCCUGGACUUAAGGGCAAGGCUUACACUGUUAUGUGGAAAGACGAGGAUGGUGAUGAAGUUUCCAUUUCAUCGGAUGAUGAAAUGAUGAUAGCGCUGUCUUCUCUCCAAGGCCACAUUUACAAGCUGACCGUGAAACCUAAAAUCCAAGACGGGGGGGACAAGGAUGUUGACAUCACAAUCGCAUUUCCGGAGGUCUCUUGCGGCCUCACAGGCCCCUCCGCGCACCACAUCGGCGUGGUUUGCGACAACUGCGAGACCCCAGUAUCCGGCUACCGCUACAAAUGCACCGUGUGCGCAGACUUCGAUUUGUGCUCCCGCUGCGAGGCCGCCGGCAACCAUCCGGAGCAUUGCAUGGUGCGCGUGCCCGCGCCGAGCAUGCCGCGUGCCAUGAUCCGAGCGGCGAUCAAGCGCUCCCGCCACUUCCUGAAAUCCGUCGCCAACAACGCCGAAGAAGAAUCCCACAAACGCCACCGUCGUGACCGCAGCGCCGAGAAGAAGCACGACCAUCACCGCGACCACCACCGUGACCACCACCGCGACCGCCGCUCGCGCCCCAGCUGGCUCGACACCUUCGCUACUUACAUGAACGAGUUCGCCAACUUGGCCGGCGAUAUUGACCUUGACACCUUGAACAAGGAUCAGAAGAAGGAACAGCAGACACCGCCUAAUACGGCUGAGCCGAGACCGAGCACGUCGGAGACGCAGUGCCCUUUCAAGCCGGCAAUGGGCUGCCCGUUCAAACCAACCGCUGAAGCCAAAUCAGACAACUCCGCACCAAAGCCAACAGAGUGUCCCUUCAAACCAUCCACCACCACAACACCAAACCCUGAACUUCCCCCGUUCAACCUCCCAUUCGGACUGGACCUCAAUGUUCUGCAGACGCUUCUUCAAACCCACUUGUCUAAUCAGACUCCUCGUGACCAGAACAUGCGAGAGGAAGGUCAAGGUGAUAGGAAGACCACUGAUGACGCAGAAAGCGUCAAGUCUGAUAAAGCCAGCACCUCUGACAGAGCCAGUGUCAAGUCCAAUGAGUCUGUGAUUUCUAAUGACGUGAAAAAGGAGCCGUCUUUGGACAAAGCUGAUGACUGGAUGAUGGUCAAUCAGGACAAGGAUCUGGUGGACCUGGCUUAUGUGAAUGUUCAGCCAACCGCUCCGGAACAGGGCCCGAUUGGGUUCAACCUUCCCGAAGAAUUCCAGCAGCGCGUCAACAUCUCCGGUGGUAAUCUGUACCCGCCUCUCAAUAUGGCUACUGCAGUGUUGAAUACUAAAGAAGCCGAAGUGCCCUCGAGCCAGGCUGCCGCCGCGCCCGCGCCUGCGCAGCCCGCCCCCGCCCCCGCCGCCGCCGCCGCCGCGCCCGCGCAGACCCCCAGCCCGCAGCCGCAGCGUCACCCUUCUCCGCACAUCGAGGCAUCCAUCCAGCAGAUGCUGUCCAUGGGCUUCACCAACGACGGCGGCUGGCUCACCCAGCUGCUCGAGAGCAAGGAUGGCAACAUCGCCGCCGUACUCGACCUGCUCACCCCUGUCAACCCUAAGCAGAAGUAAAGCGGCGAACUGGGCACUUCUUGUUUUGUUAUACAUCAUUUGUCACCAAUGGAAACAUCGUAAGAGUGACUAGCACAAACAAUUACAGCAGCGACUACGCACCACCAUCAUAAAGACCUCUCUGAAAAGAGUACAGCGUUACAUUGAUAACAUGAAAAUGAGUAGGUAUUUGAAUAAUCUAUUCCAUAAAAGCGAGACGAGCGCGCGCAAACAUCUCGCCGCGUGUGCGCAACGAUUUCGCUGCGUACUGUCAUACUGGAAUGGGAGCGAAGUCGUUGCACGCUCGCACCGAACUCGUUGUGCGCUCGCGGCGACUUCGCUGCUUGCUCACGUCGCUUUCAACUCGCUCGCAAAUCGCCAGUGAGGCCCCGCUCUAAGUAACCAGGAAGUGCCUGAAGGAAGUUAGUGGCGCGACAAUAACGCCAUCUUUUAAGAAUAAUCCCGCAUUAUUUUAAAUAAAGUACAUAUUAUCCAUAACUUUAUAUGUAUCGUCAUUAUAACGAGAUAUUAGCAUUUCAUGUGGAUAUAUUCUAAGAGCAUUAUUACAUUGGGAAUUACUAACUCCACAUGAAUUUUGAUGUUUGAAAUUAGUUUAAAACUAUUUUUAAUUAUAGAUUAUACUUGGCGUGUAUUCAUGCAAUUAUUCAACUGAAUGUUGUGCAAUUACUAUUCCAUAAUGAAUGUUAUAAAAUAAUCAUAGACAUUUAUUAUAAUGUAGGUUGUCUACUUGCCUAAGUUUACUCAACGAUUACACAUUUAUUAGAAUUAUUCUUUUUAUUUGAUUACUUUUGAUUUGUAAGAGAAGUUAGGUACUCUUUAUAUUUCUUUACUGUUAAAAUAUGAUUAUACAUAUUGAAUUUAUUGUUUUGAUAUUCCCUCAAUUCAGUCAUCUUCUCUUUGAUAUUCAUAGUUCUGGAAAUAUCUAAAAUAUGUCAUCACUUGGUGUAUUGAAUGGUAUAGCAACUACGCACUAUAGAUACUAUAAUAUUACUUGCUGUUAAUGAAAUAGAUUUGAAUGUGAGGGAAGAAAAGACUGGCUUGGCCUACACUAGACAGGAAUGGAUGUGAUAUCUAAAGUGUGAUGCUAUUGUUAAGGGUUAAUGUUAAUUAUAGAUUACGAAAAUGUAUCUGAAUGUAUACUUAAUUAAAUAAAGGCGUAUGGGAAAACA